UGCAGAGGGUGUGUGCCCCGUGAGCUCCACAGACGUGGCAGCUCCGGGUAGGGGCCGAGCUGGGCUGGCAGGCUCUCCCUUGCCCCUGCUGGCCACCAGUCCUGAGGGAGUCUUGCGCUGCCACCCAUGGGACAAUGCACCAGGCUGGCCACUAUCCCUGGCUUUCUCCAGCUGUGAACGGCUCAGCGGAGCAGGAAGCCCGGAGGGUGCUGGGCAGGGCCUGGGACCCACCUCCAGGGGUCGGGCUGCCCCUGCUCACUGUCAUCAUAGCUGUCUAUGUCCUGCUGGCAGUAUGUAUUGUAUUGGUGGUCCACUUUGGUCCAAGGCUACACCGGGGACAUGCCACUCUCCCCACAGAGCCUCCAGCCCCAAAGCUGGAGGGCGGCAUCUACCUCAUCCAAUGGCGAGUGCUGGGCCCCCAGGACAGUCAGGAAGACACCCAGCAGGGCCCUCCUGUCCCUGGCUCCUGUCUUGUGCCAGAUGGGCCUGGGCUCAGCAUCGAUGAAGUCACAUAUCUCUAAGAGGGAGACUCUGGAGAGUUGGCCUGAGCUGGCUCAGAACAAGAAACUGGACAGAGAAUUAGGACAAAAGCAAACUGGGGCCUGGGUAUCAGAGCUUUGGAGGUGCGCGCAUGGACUAAGCUGGAGCUGCCCUCUCAACAGAAUGUAGAGAAAGCCCUGUGGUGGACAGGAGAAAUAAAAGAAGCUUGAGGGCCCUGCCCAGACACACGCUGCUCUGAGCAUUCCCAGGGCCCAAGACCGCCCUUGCAAAGCUGCUCGCUCUUCUUCAGGGACCACUAGACCCCUGAACAACGUCGUUGGAGUCCCUACCCCUCUUUCCACCCCA